UUGAGGUUAUGGAUUAACUGGCCCCCUCACCCCACCCCCACCCCAGAAGUUCUUAGCAGAAGGAAGAAUAGCUUGCCGUCGUUCCACCGCCUGCAUCAAUGUCAGUUUCUUCAAAAUGUGGCAGUACAUGAUCUCUUUGGUAUUUCUGGCAUCCUGGGAGUUUCCCCAAGGACAUUCUAGUUCAGUGUUCUACAGCCGCAGAGAUGCCAAUCAAGUCCUGAGAAUUCAAAAGCGAGACAAUUCAUUCCUGGAGGAGCUUAAACCCGGCAACCUGGAGCGCGAGUGCCAAGAGGAACUCUGUGACCUAGAGGAGGCCAUGGAGAUUUUCAAAACCCGGGAGGCUACGUUAAGUUUCUGGUCCAAGUAUUACGACGGGGACCAGUGCAAUCCUCAUCCUUGCCACAACGGGACCUGCAAAGACAGUUUCGGCGCAUUUGAGUGCAGCUGUAACGAAGGCUGGGAGGGUCGCCUGUGUCAAUAUGAGGUGUCCUACACUAACUGCUCCACGAACAAUGGCGGCUGUGAGCAGUUCUGCAGCCAGGACCCCGACCUCAACCAGCGCUACUGCAGCUGUGCCCCGGGCUAUCGGCAGAUGGACGACCCGUGCAAGUGUCAGCCAACUGUGACGUUCCCUUGUGGGCGGUCGGUGGUGAACUCACCCUCACCCUUUGACCUGCGGCUCAUCGAUGGAAAGAAAGGACUGAAAGGAAUGAGCCCGUGGCAGGCCUUGCUGUUAGAUUUCAGGAACAGACUGAAGUGCGGCGGUGUGCUCAUUCACCCUUCCUGGGUUCUGACUGCGGCCCACUGCUUGGAGGACAAGGCAAACUAUCGCGUGAGACUCGGCGAAUACGACCGCAGGAAGUGGGAAAAGACGGAGCAGGAUUUUCAGAUCGAGGAACUGAUCAUGCACCCGAACUAUUCGACGAGGACCUCGGACAACGACAUCGCCCUGCUGCUCCUGAACAAGCCCGCCACCUUCACCAAGUACAUCCUCCCCAUCUGCCUCCCCACCAAGGAGCUGGCCGAGCAGGUGCUGGUCAAGAAGGGGGAGUCGGUGGUGGUGACCGGCUGGGGCAGAAAGGAGAGCGGGAACACCACCGUGUUCCUCAGCUACAUCGAGAUCCCCAUAGCCUCCUGGGACGAGUGCGCCAAGACGAUGCACAACACCGUCUCCAAGAACAUGCUCUGCGCGGGGCUGCUGGGGAACAAGAAGGAUUCCUGUGAGGGGGACAGCGGAGGCCCCAUGGUCUCCUCGUACAGGAACACGUCGUUCCUGGUGGGAUUGGUGAGCUGGGGGGAGGGCUGCGGGAACCCCGACAGUUUCGGCAUCUACACCAAGGUCAGCCAGUACCUCGACUGGAUCGGCGAGAAGAUGAAGCAGUACGACAUCCGGAUGAAGAAUACGCAGCAGCCCGAGGGCGGGCUGGUCCCCAGGUCCAGGCCCUGAGCGUUCUUCUGCAAUUAAAGACAGGACAUCUGAAGUCA